ACAGGACUCUGAUGUUUGCGAAUGGAGAACGUUUCCUACGUGGCCCUGAGGCAGCCCAUCGUGUUUGAGCUGGAGGGCUUUGAAUUGCCUCGGAGCCAUGCCCUGUUCGCCCUGGUCCUGGCCACCUACCUUCUGAUACUGCUGGGGAACGGGGUUGUGAUGAGUGUCAUUGCAGUAGAUAAGACGCUACACAGGCCCAUGUAUGUGAUGGUGUGUAACCUGGCUGCCUGUGACCUGCUGGGAGGAACGGCUGUGAUGACUCAGCUCAUGGUAGUCUUCCUGACGGGGGAGAAGAGGAUUCCAUACAACAGUGCCUAUGCUCAGGCCAUCUGUGUUCACACCUACGGUGCAGCUGUACAGACCAUAUUGUCAGCCAUGGCCUAUGACAGGUAUGCAGCAGUUGUGAUCUACUGGAGCUUGAAAUAAGAUCAUGGUAGAUGAAAAUGUCUCACAGUAAAGUAAACUUCUGCCUAGCUGUACUCGUCUGUGGGAGUGUGAACUGUUCUCUCAGGGACACAUUUAUUAAGUGGUUUCCACAAGUGCAAAAUUCGAAUAUGUUAUUGUUAAGAAGGAAUAAUACUAAUACUAGUCAAAUAAUGUAUUAUACUCUAAUUACAGGUAUGUGGCAGUGUGUGAACCAUUGAGGUACCAUACUAUCAUGACCAUGGCCCAUAUGGUGUUUGUGAUCUUGCUGGCCUGGGCUGUAGCAAUCAUCCUUAUAGCUGUGCUCUUUGCUUUGAAUGUGGGUACUCCACUAUGUGGCACCAACAUCAGGCAUGUCUACUGCAGCAACCGCUCCAUCCUGAACCUGGCCUGUGUUCCCACCCCCAUUAACGAUAUCUACGGCAAGUUAGUGUAAAUGAGGAUUGACCCCCCCUUACGUUAUAUCACUGCAGUUAUGUAGCAUUGUUGUUUUUUAUCUUUGUUUUGUCAUUCACAUUUUCUUUCCCAUGACUUGUAUUAUGACUUCUUCAUCGCAUUCCAGGUUUGUGCCUUACUUGGACUCUCAGCAGCAGUUCCUUCUUCAUCAUCUUUUUCUGCUACGCCAAGAUCCUGUCAGUCUGUCUGAUGCGGAAGAGUGAUAAGGGCAGUCGUAGUAAGGCCUUACAGACCUGCGCCUCUCACCUGGUCAUCUACUUGCUCUACGAAAUUGUCAGCCUCAUCAUCAUCCUCAGUAACCGCUUCCCCCAGGUCCCAAUGAACGUCAAGAAGCUCUGCACUAUCCUGAUCUUCAUUGUUCCCCCUCUAAUUAACCCUAUUAUCUAUGGAUUUGUCACUAAAGAGUUACGCACAAGCAUUAUAAAGCUGUUGAAAACACGGGUCGCACCCAAACCGUAA